UUCCCAUCCCCCCACUCCACUCCGCCUCUGAUCCCGUGCCCGCCAUUUCCCCGUGCACCGCCCCCACCGCCGCCGCCGCCCGCCGCGGACCCGAUCCCCAUCACGCGCUGCGCCCAUGGCGCCCCACCUGCACCUCCUCCUCCUCCCGCCCGCCCUCGCCAUUGCGACCCCAGGCCGCCGCGUCGGCGCCGAACCGGCGGCGGGCCCGCGGGCGCGCAGGGCCCGGGCCGCCGCCUCGUUCUCCUGCUCCCCGGGGCGGGGGCGGAGGUGGACGAGGCUCGGCGUCGCUGCGGCCGCGGAAGGGGCGGAGCCGGGCGCGGGCGGGCCCGCGGGGGCGAUGCGGCUCAACGAGUACAUGGUCACCGUCGACCGGCCCCUCGGCGUCCGCUUCGCGCUCGGCGUCGACGGCCGCGUCUUCGUCCACUCGCUCAGGAAAGGGGGGAACGCCGAGAAGUCGAGGAUCAUCAUGGUCGGCGACACGCUCAAGAAGGCUGGCGGCGGCGAGCAGGGCCUCGUCACCAUCAAAGACCUAGGUGACACGGAGAUUGCGCUGAGGGACAAGUCAGGACAAUGCAGCCUUGUCCUUGAGAGACCGUUUGCUCCUUUUCCGAUCCAUCAGUUACAUCAAAAUGAAGAUUACCACAUCCUAUUUAACAGAGGGCGGGUUGCUGUUGCUUCUUGGAACAAAGCUCUUUUGUCCACAAAGUUAAAUGAGUCUUCUACGGGGGAUGGGAAAUCUGGUUUCGCUAUAUUCUCCCCAAGGUUGCUAAGUUCUCAAGGAUGGUCUUCUCUGUCUGGUGAGAAAGGUGGACUCAAUCAGAGCAGCACUAACCUUGCAAAUCGCAUAAGUGAGAUUGUUGGUUUAUAUUCUGAUGAGGAUGAUGUCAAUGCUGAAUGGGCGCAUGGCAGCUUUCCUUUGGAGGAGUACAUUAAAGCACUAGACCGUGCUAAAGGUGAACUGUACUACAAUCAUUCACUUGGUAUGCAAUACAGCAAGAUUACAGAACAAAUAUUUGUUGGGUCAUGCAUACAAACAGAGAGAGAUGUGAAGAUGUUAUCAGAAACUGUGGGUAUUACUGCUGUUCUGAAUUUCCAAAGUGAAAGUGAGCGCAUUAAUUGGGGAAUUAAUUCUGAGGCAAUCAACAAUUCUUGUCGCGAGAAUAACAUCUUAAUGGUUAACUAUCCUAUACGAGAGGUUGAUUCCAUGGACCUUAGGAAGAAGCUUCCUUUCUGUGUUGGUCUUCUAUUACGCCUUAUAAGGAAGAACUACCGUAUAUAUGUGACUUGUACCACCGGAUAUGAUAGAUCACCAGCAUGUGUAAUAUCAUACUUACACUGGGUUCAAGAUACACCUCUCCAUAUUGCUCACAAGUUCAUCACUGGUUUGCACUCUUGUCGACCUGACAGAGCUGCAAUUGUGUGGGCAACCUGGGAUCUUAUUGCUUUAGUUGAAAAUGGAAGACACGAUGGUAGUCCUACACAUUCAGUAUGUUUUGUUUGGAAUAGUGGUCGGGAGGGUGAGGAUGUGGAAUUGGUUGGGGAUUUCACAAGUAACUGGAAAGACAAAAUAAGGUGCAGCCACAAAGGUGGUUCAAGAUAUGAGGCUGAAGUUCGACUUCGACAUGGAAAGUACUACUACAAGUUCAUAGUUGGGGGGCAGUGGAGGCAUUCGACUUCAUUGCCAACAGAAACAGAUGAACAUGGUAAUGUCAACAACGUGAUCAGAGUUGGUGACAUUGCACGGAUUCGUCCUGCUCCUAGCCAGCUACAUAUAAGGGACCCAACUGUUGUCAAGGUAAUAGAAAGGGCACUAACCGAGGAUGAGCGAUUUUCAUUGGCAUUUGCAGCACGCCGCAUGGCGUUUGCAAUCUGCCCAAUCAGAUUGUCCCCAAAGCAGUAAACUUGACAGCCAUUUCCCAGUUGAGCUGGACAACCAACCAUCGAUGUUCAGCAAUUUCAUAGCUAAAGAAAACUCAUAACAACAGAGGGACCUUACUGUAUCUGUUCAGACAGAAACUAGAACGUUGAUAAGUGGCUCAGCAAUGAGCACAAUGUACACCUCGUCUCUUUGUAAUUCUAUGGACUGUUCUGAAAUAAACUUCCUUUUAGACUA